AUGGAAAAGCAACCUUGUCCACACCGUAUUUAUGAUGACUUGGGAACUGGUUAUGCCCUCGGUGGUGUUAUGGGAUCGAUAUGGCAUUUCGGUAAAGGUGCCAGAAAUGCUCCACGUGGAGAACGUUUUGCAGGAGCCAUUCAAACUUUAAAAGCUAAAGGACCAGUGCUUGGUGGUAACUUUGCCAUGUGGUCUGGAUUGUUUUCAUCAUUUGAAUGUUGUUUCUUAUAUUAUAGAGGAAAGGAAGAUUUUAUUAAUUCAGUAGCUUCGGGAGCUUUAACAGGUGGUGCUUUGGCUUUGAGAGGUGGCUGGAAAGCUGUCAUGAGAAGUUCUCUAUUUGGUGGUAUUUUCUUGGGUAUGAUUGAAGGUGUUAACAUUUUGGUUUCAAAG